AUGAUUUUUAGUAGUAUAAUAGUCCCGCUUUUGGCCCUCGCAGCUCGAGGUGUGCAGGCGGAUCCCAGCAUGGCCGAACUUGAGGGAACAUGGUCGUCUAAAUCCAACACAGUAUUCACAGGGUCUGGGUUUUACGACCCGGUGGAUGAACUUCUUAUCGAACCAGACUUGCCAGGAAUCUCAUAUUCAUUCACAUCCGAUGGGUUCUGGGAAGCUGCAUUGUAUCGGGUGACUUCGAACCCACAGAACCACUCGUGCCCCAGUGCCGUGUUGAUCUACCAACAUGGAUCGUAUGAGUUAUUGAGCAAUGGUUCAUUGGUGCUCACCCCGAUUGCUGUCGACGGUAGACAGCUUUUGUCAGAACCAUGUACGGACGAUGGAUCUUCUGUAUACUCACGUUACGUCCAGGCAACGUUUUUCAAGACGUAUGAAGUCUAUGUAGACGGGUAUAACGGUAGAUGGACCUUACAGAUCUACCAAUUCGAUGGAUCUAAGAUGCAACCGUUAUACUUAGCUUACAAGCCUCCAAACAUGUUACCAACCACCGCAUUAAACCCUACUGAUUCUGCAUCCGAAACCAAAACCUCAUUGAAGAAGAGAGCCAGGAGGUCAUUAGAGAAUCAAUAUAGAACCAACGCAGUCAAGACCACUGCAGGAAAAAAUUAUGACUUCUACUGGUGGGUCGCUGUUAGUUUUGUUGGGAUUGGAUCUGCAUCAUUUUUCAUGAUCUAG